AUGUUGAUUGGACAGGUAUCUUUCUAUAUAAGUCUAUCUAUCUAUCUAUCUAUCUAUCUAUCUAUCUAUCUAUCUACAUUCUCUCUCUCUCUCUCUCUCUCUCUCUCAAACACACACACGGCCUCUCUCUUUUUCUCUCUAUCUCUUUCUCUUAUUCAAUCACUAUCCUUAUUCUAUAUUUCUCUUAUUUUAUCUCUUAUUCUUUCUCACUUUAUUCUUGCUCUUAGUCCCUCUCUCUCUCUCUCUUAUCAUCUCUCUCUUACUAUUGCACUCUCUUAUUACACCCUCUCUUAUUCAUUGUCAUUCUUUUUCUAUCUUUUUCGUUCUUUGUCAAUAGUGUCUCUCACUUAUUCUUUCUUAUUUUAUCUCUUAUUCUCUCAUUCCCUCUCUUUUAUUCUCUCUCACUCAUUUUUUCUUUUUCUUAUUCCCUUUCUCUUUUAUUCUUUCUCCCUCUGUUAUUAUCUCUAUUUCUAUUUCUUAUUCUUUAUUUCUCUCAUUAUCUCUCUUCCACUCUCUCUCUCUCUCUCUCUAUCUUGUAUUUCUUUCAUUACUUAUUCUCUCUUAUUUUCUCUCUUAUUCUCUCCAUUAUUCUAA